GGUCCGGCCGCGUCCGCCCUGAGGGUGCUGUUGGCGGCCCUCCGGAGCGGCCCGGCUGCCAGAUGCUCUCACCUGGGCUGCCGCGGGCCGGGCUCUAAGCUUAGUGCCGGGCUCGGGCCCCUUGAAGCACCGGCGGGGCUGGGAGCGGCCUCCGGCCCCAGGGAGACGGAGCUUAAGGACGAGGCGGCGGCCGCGGGGAGGAGGAUGGGGGCUAACCAGUUGGUGGUGCUCAACGUGUACGAUAUGUACUGGAUGAAUGAAUACACCUCGUCCAUUGGAAUUGGAGUUUUUCAUUCAGGAAUCGAAGUAUAUGGAAGAGAAUUUGCUUAUGGUGGCCAUCCUUACCCUUUUUCUGGAAUAUUUGAAAUUUCCCCAGGAAAUGCUUCUGAACUAGGAGAAACAUUUAAAUUUAAAGAAGCUGUUGUUUUAGGGAGCACGGACUUCCUAGAAGAUGAUAUAGAAAAAAUUGUAGAAGAACUGGGAAAGGAAUACAAAGGCAAUGCAUAUCAUUUGAUGCAUAAAAACUGCAAUCACUUUUCUUCAGCUUUAUCAGAGAUUCUUUGUGGCAAAGAGAUUCCUCGCUGGAUUAAUCGACUCGCCUACUUCAGCUCCUGUAUACCCUUCCUACAGAGUUGUCUCCCGAAGGAGUGGCUCACCCCUGCCGCCCUCCAGUCCAGCGUCAGCCAGGAGCUCCAGGAGGAGCUGGAGGAGGCGGAGGAUGCUGCUGCGUCAGCGGCCAUGGCAAGCGGUGCAGCAGGCUCCCGACCCGGACACCACACUAAGCUAUAAGUGUCUCCAAAGUCACACAUUCAGAACUGUCUCUGGCAGUUGAAUAACACUAGAGGAAAACAGAAAGAGUAAAACAUCGUUUGGAUAUUUUGGAUGCAAAGAUGGUUCUCUCCCAAAUCCCAGUUUUUCAGCUCAGGAUUACAUUUAUAAUCAAAAAA